GGGGUUGCGGCCUCCCUCUUCCGCCCUGUUUGAGGCCUGGCCUGGCCUCGGCUCCCAGCUGUCCAUUCCUUUCUCCUUCCCACCUGUUGGGUGGGGCAGAGCGAGGUUUCUUUUCUUAGACCAAACGUUUCUCUGACGAGUGCGCCUUAUGAAGGGCGGGGAAAUGCGGGCCUCCACCUUGAUUUAGGAAGCGUUUUGGGGAUCAUUAACUGAAGACAACAUAAGCAAAUAUGCAAAAUUCUCACAUGGAUGAGUACAGAAAUUCUAGUAAUGGCAGCACAGGCAACAGUUCAGAGGUAGUGGUAGAACAGUCUGCUGAUUUCAGUACUGAGAUUAUGAAUGUGACGGAAAUGGAACAGUCCCCUGAUGGAUCUCCUAAUGUGAAUGCAGCUGCGGAAGAAAAUGAAGUAACAAAUGCUGUGGACCUUCCAGUGACAGAAACAGAAGCAAAUUUCCCUCCAGAGUAUGAAAAAUUCUGGAAAACUGUAGAAAGCAAUCCUCAGGAUUUUACAGGCUGGGUAUAUUUGCUUCAGUAUGUAGAACAGGAGAAUCACUUGAUGGCUGCCAGGAAAGCGUUUGACAAAUUUUUCAUACACUAUCCAUAUUGCUAUGGUUACUGGAAAAAGUAUGCAGACCUUGAAAAGCGGCAUGACAACAUUAAACAAUCAGAUGAGGUAUAUCGACGGGGGCUUCAGGCAAUACCUCUUAGUGUUGAUCUAUGGAUACAUUAUAUAAACUUCUUAAAAGAAACAUUGGACCCUGGUGAUCCUGAGACAAACAGUACAAUAAGAGGAACUUUCGAGCAUGCUGUUCUAGCUGCAGGAACAGAUUUCCGAUCUGACAGACUGUGGGAAAUGUAUAUAAACUGGGAAAAUGAACAGGGUAACCUGAGAGAAGUUACAGCUAUAUAUGAUCGUAUUCUUGGUAUUCCAACACAGCUGUAUAGUCACCAUUUUCAGAGGUUUAAAGAACAUGUACAGAAUAACUUGCCUAGAGAUCUGUUAACUGGCGAACAGUUUAUUCAGCUGCGAAGGGAAUUAGCUUCUGUAAAUGGACAUAGUGGUGAUGAUGGUCCUCCUGGUGAUGAUCUACCGUCGGGAAUUGAAGACAUUACUGAUCCAGCAAAGCUGAUUACAGAAAUAGAAAACAUGAGACAUAGAAUCAUUGAAAUUCAUCAAGAAAUGUUUAAUUAUAAUGAACAUGAAGUUAGUAAAAGGUGGACAUUUGAAGAAGGUAUUAAAAGACCUUAUUUUCAUGUGAAACCAUUGGAAAAGGCACAACUAAAAAACUGGAAAGAAUACUUAGAAUUUGAAAUUGAAAAUGGGACUCAUGAACGAGUUGUGGUUCUCUUUGAAAGAUGUGUCAUAUCAUGUGCCCUCUAUGAGGAGUUUUGGAUUAAGUAUGCCAAGUACAUGGAAAACCAUAGCAUUGAAGGAGUGAGGCAUGUCUUCAGCAGAGCUUGCACUAUUCAUCUCCCAAAGAAACCCAUGGUGCAUAUGCUUUGGGCAGCUUUUGAGGAACAGCAGGGUAAUAUUAACGAAGCCAGGAAUAUCUUGAGAACAUUUGAAGAAUGUGUUCUAGGAUUGGCAAUGGUUCGUUUGAGAAGAGUAAGUUUAGAGCGACGGCAUGGAAAUAUGGAAGAAGCUGAACAUUUGCUUCAGGAUGCCAUUAAGAAUGCCAGAUCAAAUAAUGAAUCAUCGUUUUAUGCUAUCAAACUAGCUCGGCAUCUUUUCAAAAUACAAAAAAACCUUCCAAAAUCAAGAAAGGUGCUUUUGGAAGCAAUCGAAAGAGACAAAGAGAAUACAAAGUUAUACCUCAAUUUACUUGAAAUGGAAUAUAGUGGUGACCUCAAACAAAAUGAAGAAAAUAUCCUAAAUUGUUUUGACAGAGCUAUACAUGGUUCAUUACCUAUUAAAAUGAGAAUUACAUUUUCUCAGAGAAAAGUGGAAUUUCUUGAAGAUUUUGGUUCAGAUGUUAAUAAGCUUCUCAAUGCUUAUGAUGAACAUCAAACACUCCUAAAAGAACAGGAUUCUUUAAAAAGGAAAGCAGAAAAUGGAUCAGAAGAACCAGAGGAAAAGAAAGUUCACACAGAAGAUACAACUUCAUCAUCUACACAGAUGAUUGAUGGUGAUUUACAGGCAAAUCAAGCUGCGUAUAAUUAUAGUGCCUGGUAUCAAUACAAUUAUCAGAAUCCUUGGAAUUAUGGACAGUAUUACCCUCCCCCUCCAACCUGAUGAGAAAAUAUAUCAGAUGGAAUGUGUGAAAAAUACGAAAAUUAUUUUUUUUUAAUGAGGGAUGUAAACAUAACAUAAACUUGUUGUAUUUGAUAACUUGUCUUCCUGUUUCUGUGUAACAUGAUUUGUUUAGUAAUAGGGGAAAAUGUCACUUAGUAGUUUACCACAGAUAUUUCCUACCAUUUAUAAACUUUACUUUUUAUUGGAGAACUAUUUUUUUGAUUUUUGCAUUAAGUGGUCUAGAAUUCUUUUGCAAUGCAUUCGCAACAGUUUUGUAGCCUUAAGGGGUAGGAAAAAAGAAAAAAAAACUGACUGUAAAUCAUGUCAGUAUAGUACAAGAUUCUGAAAAUCCAUAAGGGCUGGUUAUUAAGGAUUUACCUCUGUAAAAAAAAAAAAUGGAUUUUUAACCUUUGAUGACAAGGUUUUGUCUGUUUCAGUUAUCCUUGUGAAUUUGGAUUUAACUGCCAGAAAAGAUACACUAUUAAAUACUAUGUCUUGGGAUAGAGAUUAUAAAUGAAAAAUGGAAUGUUUGCAUCCCUUUUAAAAAAUGAGAAUCAUAUCAAAAGUAUGUUGUUUCAGGAGACUUUGUAUUUAGAAUAUUCAUGUAAAACUUGUGAGCAAGCUUUCAUUUUGAUCAAACUGAUCAUCUUCAUUUUUGUAAUAAAACUGAAGACUCCUCAACAAA